UCAAGCCUGAGGAUACUAUUAUUGUAACUGACGGUUACUGUGCAUCCGCCUGCGCCUAUAUUGUUAGUAUAAUGACCUAUAAGAUUGGUGGUCAGGUUGCUGCUAUAGGCGAUUGUCCUAUUAAUGCACCUGUGUAGGCGGUUGGCAGCACAAAGGGCGGCCCCGUCAUCAUGCUUGGCAGCUACCAGAAGCUAUGGCCGGCCCUUGGCCCCGUUAAGCCGCCUGAGGGUAUUAAUGUAACACCCUUUGCUGAGGCAAACCCACUGCUCGCUGGCAUGCCUACAGAUGGUUGGACUGUCAACUCUGUAAACGUUUAUCCUGAUGACGACCUCAGCACGCCUGUGUAGUUCCACUGCAAGGUAGCUAACUGCAAGCUAUUCUAUACCUAGGACACGUUAACCAAUAUGACUAGCCUGUGGUCUGCGGUAGCGGACGUGAACUGGAACAGAGCCAGGUGUGUCAAGGGCUUGACGACCCAAGACGAUGGUACAAUGGGCACGUCAACCCCAGCCUACUCCAAGAAGGUCUUGUUGGGCUUUGCGUGGGUUGCUGGCCCCGGCGACGUAGCCAAGGGACCGCUGUCUAGUGCAAGCAACAACGACAAUGCUAGUACGGGUGAUAAAGACAAGAACGCUGCUGGCUCCCUACAUGCUUUUUAGGGUAUUAUGUCUUUUGUAGUUAUUGCGACGACGGUUCUGGUCCCUUUAUGUAGAUUAGGUGAGGUGAGUUAAAAGACAUGCAGCCAGCAUUAACGACCUCCUCCGGCUUGGAGUCAUACUGCACGUCCCUCCCGUAGUCCCGGCCUCGGAAGCCCCUGCGCCAAACCGACAGCCCAUAUCAUUAUCCCCGCCGACUUUGGGGGUCACUGGCCUACAAAAAAAGGACUGGUACAAAGGUUCAAAGCAAUGACUAGG